UGUCAGGAAUACACCAUCGACAUAUUUUUUGCUCAGACCUGGUACGACAGGAGGUUAAAAUUCAACAGCACGAUGAAAGUUCUUCGUCUCAUCAACAGCAACAUGGUUGGGAAGAUAUGGAUCCCAGACACUUUUUUUCGGAAUUUUCGAAAGAAAGCCGACGCCCAUUGGAUCACCACACAACCUAAUCGCAUGCUCAGGAUCUGGAUGACGGAAAGAAUACCUAUACACCUAAGGUUGACCAUUGAUGCCGAGUGCCAGCUGAAAUUAAACAACUUCCCAAUGGAUGAGCACUCCUGUCCCCUGGAGUUUUCAAGCUAUGGCUACCCCAAGGAGGAAAUAACCUACAGGUGGAAAAGGAGCUCAGUCGAGGUUGGGGACAUUCGCUCAUGGAGGCUUUACCAAUUUUCCUUCGUUGGCCUGAGGAACACAACUGAGACCGUCAGGACCGUUUCAGGGGACUACGUAGUGCUGACUGUCUUUUUUGACCUGAGCAGGAGGAUGGGCUACUUUACUAUCCAGACCUACAUUCCCUGCACACUUAUUGUUGUCCUCUCCUGGGUGUCUUUCUGGAUCAACAAAGAUGCAGUACCUGCAAGGACUUCAUUAGGCAUCACCACUGUGCUGACUAUGACCACACUGAGUACCAUUGCCAGGAAAUCUCUUCCAAAAGUGUCAUACGUGACCGCAAUGGACCUGUUUGUGUCUGUCUGCUUCAUUUUCGUCUUUGCCGCACUCAUAGAGUAUGGCACACUGCACUACUUUGUCAGCAACAGGAAGCCAAGUGCCAAAAAGGACAAGAAGAAGAAAAACCCGCUCCUCCGGCUCUUUUCCUCCAAGUUUUCAAAGGGAAAGAAGCAGACACCAACGGUGGACAUCCGUCCACGCUCGGCUACAGCUAUCCAGAUGAACAACGCCACACACAUGCAGGAGCGAGAUGAGGAAUAUGGCUAUGAGUGUCUCGAUGGGAAAGACUGCACCAGUUUUUUCUGCUGUUUUGAAGACUGCCGCUCUGGAGCCUGGCGGCACGGAAGGCUGCACAUUCGUGUUGCUAAGAUAGACUCGUACGCACGUAUCUUCUUCCCCACUGCGUUUGGUCUCUUCAAUCUGGUCUAUUGGGUCUCCUAUCUAUAUCUUUAGGCAUGGGAGGGUUCCCAACCAGUCCAUUACCAUUUUCUGUAUGCUCAGCGCCAGCAAGUGACAUUUUGCAAGAAAGAGACCCACUGAAAUACCCCGACAUUUGAUCUGAUUUUUCUUUUUUUUUUUUACAUUUCUGUUAUUCAAGUCCCUUUAAAUUUCCAAUAGUUUUUUCAGACAACCUUGACAAAUAUUGCACAUGUUGUAGCACUGCAUUUUAUUGGUGUGGAAUGGUUUUACUGUAGUUAUGUUGCAAAAGCAUUGAUUCUGUGAGGGAUUGUUUAUAUAUAUAUAUAUAUAUAUAUAUAUAUAUAUAUAUAUAUAUAUAUAUAUAUAUAUAUAUAUAUAUAAAUAAUUUUUACUGUAGCUGGAUACAAUACUUCUAAUAGUCCUAAAUUACAUAGUUAUUUACCAUUAACUUGAUAUCGAGUCUAUUUGCUGUCAGAACUGUAUAGAACAGAAUGAGGAACAACAAAUAUCAGUGUUUUACAGAAAGAGAAUAUACAUCAGUUUAUUGAUGAAUUUCAAGUGAAACAGUCGCUAUAUUCAGAUGACUACUGGAUGUACAACACCAUUGCAGAAAAAAUAUACAUUUUAAAAUAAAUGUAAAAAAAAAAAUGUAAUAAAUAUGAGUGUAGCCCAUUAUGUCUUGACUAUGACUAUCAAAACCUUUGUGUUGAAAUGAUCAAUUUCAUUUAAAAUUUGUUUACCUAUUUUCUCCUUUUUUUUAUUCACAGAGGCAUAAAAUCUGAGGCACUUUAAAAGAGCUAUGUAAACAGAGUGUCUUCGGUAAACAUUUCAUGUGUGGUCAGAAUAUAACAAUGCUUUAUAUGGACAAUGCUCAGCUGUACAGUUGCUGUAUAUAUUUUAUUAUUAGAUUUAGGGGUUGCCUCUAUUGCAUGCACCUUUCAGGCCAAAAAAACCCAGCAUAUCUUAUGGUCUUCUACUGUUGGCUAUGGUAACUACAAAAUAAAAAAAGCUAUUUCGACUAAUUUAAUAAACAUAUUUUCUAUAAAAACUAGAAAACUAAAUCUUAAAAAAAGGCUCUGAAGAUCUUUUUAUGUUAAGGUAUUGCCUUUGCACACAGGUGGAUAGAACAGCACAGUAUUUAAGCAAAGAUAUCUCAAUCAAUUAAUUGUUUUGCCCUACAGAAUUAGCCUGCAGCAUCGACAACGCUGACCCUUCAUGGCCACCUCCAUUUGCCCUCAAAAGUACUCAUUAACAUAAUGCCAAUCUGUUUCUAUAUUUAGGCUGUUGAAGAGAAACUAGAUCGAAAGAACUAAUAGUUUUUUUUGCCCUUUGUAUUAUGAGAGUAAAGGCUGCAGCUACACAUCCAUAGAUGUAGUUUUUCGUUUCAAAUUAGGGACUCAAAACUAAUCAACAAGUCAGUGCAAAUGUGAGUCCUGGUAGCUUUAAGGUAAUUAGAACUGGCAGCGGCUCUAUUUGGCAUCGCCUAAAAAAAAAACAUACUCAUAAUUAUUAUAAGGCGGCUUUUUUCUUCUGAGAACAGAUGUGUAAGAUGUCUUUAUUCGACGUCUCUUGUCUCUGCCACAAUCACGUUGAGAAUGCAAGUCCCUGCAUAGAGUCGAAAGGAAAUUCAUCUUCUAAGGGGUUAUAAAGGCCUUUAUUCCUCGGUCUUUGUUUAUUGAGUUUUGCUUGAAUGUGUGAUGACAGCAAAUGCCGUAGAUGAUAAUAUGUAAUGCACUUGAAUUAUGAACCCCAUACCACUCAGUUUUGUUAGACAUCAGUAUGCAACUGGAAGUGCUGCAGUAUGAAUUGUAAACUCAAACGGAAGGGGUGUAAAUAGCAUUGUCUAUGUACAUAAAUUAUAAAUGGAAGAAACACAGUUGUCAAGCUGUUGGCAUUUUCUAAAAGGGUAUAUAUUUUGUAAUUGUAACAUUGUUACACUAUAUCAAUCCAACACUAUACUAUAUUUAUUGUUUAUGCUGGACUGACCUUGCAACAUACUUGAUGGGGAAAGGGUGGGUGGGAUGGUGCAGUGGGUUAUUUAUCUAUUUAUUUAUAUCAUAGUUGAUGGUAUUAUUUUUUAAUUUAUGAAAAUGCAUCUUAUGCUCAUAUAGCCCCUUAAAAGAAACACAGAAUGCUGUCCUCUAUAUCAAAGAGACAUUAUUGUUCAAUGUGUCAAUAGAACUUGAGCCUAUUUAUCUUGUGUUUUCUCUGUUGUGAUCAAUGUACACUACUCUCACAAAGGCCUGUCAAACUGUUCUAUUUGUUGAGUGACUUGCAACAUUAUACGUCGUGCUGCUUCUGAGUUGUAGACUUUACUUAGACGACUAAAAAGACAAGAGUUCCAAAGCCAAAAGAAGAAGAACAUUUGCUCUUCUUUUACUGUUUUUUUCUUUCUUUUUUUUUUUUCUUUUUUUUUUACAUUUUCCACCGAUAUUGAUUUACUUGUUUGCUCAUUGGUUUCACCAUAGGAGGACAAUGCAGUUAUGAGUACAUGUGUUUAUGAGAAUACAGAUCAUAUUAUAGUUCCCAUAUUCCUUCCCCAUUUGUCUAGAAUGGUCAUUUUACUGUGCUCCACUUGGUAGUCUUUCUCACAUCUUUAGCGAAAAUGAAAUAGUUAAUAAUCUGUGACUGCAGUGCCGAAAUGGACAUACAGGUGUAAAGAAUACCUUACUUUGGUGGUGGUGUUUUUGAAAUAAUUCUGACCUGUAUUUUCAAGUUCACCUUCAUAACACUUCUAUUGUAGUUUACAAAAAGUGAAAUGACACAAAAGAAAACAAAUUGUCUAGAAAGUUAUGCAACAGGUAAAAUAAAACCAAAGAUUAUGAAAUCUAAUCAGUGUGAAGGGUAAAUUGGAAGACUUUUCAGCCACUUGAUUGAUGAUUCCAGUUUUGAAUGGUAAGGCAAGGGUCAAGGCCUGUUAGCACAACAAUUAUUAUAGUUUGGUUUGAUAUCCUGUGAAUGCAGAGAUUUAAAGGUGUAUGCAGAACACGGAGGCAGGUUUACACACCCUAGCAUGCUUAUUGGAUAAAUUAUAACCCGAAAAGAUUUAUAAGAACUGGUCUUCUUUCAUCUGCUUGUAAUCCCUUGUCUCUACAAACAUCAUCAUUCGCUCUGUUUUUAACAAUGUAAUGUUAAUUAUUUUGGGACCAAUGGGUAAAACAUAAAGUACAUGAGCAGCACAUGUAGAUAUUUUGUGUUGUUAUUAAUGUUAUAAAACUGCAGAAAACAAAAUAUGAACCAAUGGACAUGCAGGGCUUUGUAAAAGAUAUCCAACAGCAAAAUAAUUCUGCUGCGAUUCUCAUUCAUACGAUAUUAGUUGCUUUGUGUUUAUAUCUGAUUGUGUUGAGGGGGCACUGAUCAAAUCUGACAGCGUCUGGAUAAUAUAUUACAAAUGUUAUGGAAAAUUCCUUUUCAUGAGAAAAUAUAGCACAUAGUUGUGAAGUUUUACAAUAAAAUGGUUGCAUUUGUCUGCGCCCA